UCAUGUUUCGACCAACUACCAUGACAAAGGCUAUCACUUUGGCUAAUUCGUUAUGAUUUGACAUUUGUUUGUUGUAAUGCAGGCAUAUGCACGAGAGAUUGAUGCAUUUAAGAGGACAUUGCUUCUUGUGAACAAGGCGGACCUUUUACCAUUUUCUGUAAGGGAAAAAUGGGCAAAGUAUUUUCGAGAUCAUGAGAUCCUGUUUGUAUUCUGGUCAGCUAAAGCUGCUUCUGCAGCUCUGGAGGGAAAAACACUCAGUGGCCCAUGGAGGACACAGGAUACCCACCAAAAGGUGGAUGGCCCUGAUACAAAAAUAUAUGGCAGGGAAGAGCUUUUGGCCCAUUUACAGUCUGAAGCGGAAGAGAUAGUCAAAAUGAGAAGGAAAUCAGGGUGCAGUAUUACAGCAACAUCUAACGCUCAAUCUCUCAGUGGAAAUUUGGCACCAAAGAGUGUAGUGGGAUUUGUUGGGUAUCCUAAUGUAGGGAAAAGCUCAACUAUCAAUGCUUUGGUCGGCCAGAAACGGACAGGUGUCACCUCUACCCCAGGGAAAACAAAGCAUUUCCAGACAUUGAUAAUUUCUGAUGAGCUGACGCUAUGUGACUGCCCUGGAUUGGUGUUCCCUUCCUUCUCAAGCUCAAGAUAUGAUAUGAUUGCAUCAGGGGUGCUGCCCAUUGAUCGGAUGACUGAGCACAGAAAGGCUGUGCAGGUUGUGGCCAACCAAGUCCCAAGGCAUGUCAUUGAGAAUGUGUAUAAAAUAAAUUUGCCGAAGCCAAAGCCAUAUGAACCACAGUCUCGGCCUCCCCUGGCCAUAGAACUUUUGAGGACUUAUUGUGCUUCACGUGGGUAUGUUGCCUCGAGUGGACUGCCCGAUGAAACAAGGGCAGCUCGCCAAAUUUUGAAGGAUUUUCUUCAUGGAAAGCUGCCCCACUAUCAAAUGCCCCCCGGAAUGUCUUGUGAGGAAAAUGAUAUUGAAGAUACUCAAGGACCCAGCUUGUCUGAAAUACAGGAGUCAGAUGAAUCUGAUAUUGAAGAUUCUCCAGGAAAUGACGGUGACAUUGAAAGUGCACCUGUUCUCGAGCAUGUGCUGGAUCAUCUUAACUCAUUUGACUUGGCAAAUGGGCUUGCUUCAAAGAAGGCUGCUGUUAAGAAGCCUGCAUCCCAUAAACACCACAAGAAGCCUCAAAAGAAAAAAGAUCGUUCAUGGAGGGUUGGAAAUGAUGAUGACGAUGGAAUGCCAGUUUUAAGAGUUUUCCAGAAGCCAGCAAAUACAGGUCCUGUAAAGGGUGGAUGAAACUCAAAUUCAGUAUCAAUGAUAAAACUUAUGCCUUCUCUUGUUUGAGUGUGCUCCACUCUCCAGGUGCUUUUUUAUGACUCCGCAAAUUGGGUACUUGGCCAUUUAUAUGCAAAUAUAUGUAGUUUCGGUUUCUUUAGAAAUAUAUGCAAAUAGCUCAAGCAUUAAUGCAGUAGAAGUGCAGUGAUCUGUUUGGAAGAUCAUUUAAGGGGUGUGUAUGUUGUUAAUUGCUGAAUAUAAACACAUAAAUUAGUCCAUGUGCUAUUGAUUUAGUCGGUCUCCAUUAAGUUGGUGGACGAUUUUCUUGUUA